AUGCUGGACAAGUUCAAACCCGUGGCCCCACCGCAGAAGCAACCACUCGACUCGGUGGUCAUGGCGGUAAGCAAGACGUCGGCGUGGCUCUGCGAGCAGCUGGAGGCGCCGCGCCGUGAUUGCCUCCUGCUGCUCAUGGACUGCCGUGGCCAGGAGCCUUAUGAAUCGUCGCACGUCCAAGGUGCCAUCAGCGUGGCGCUGCCCGGCCUCAUGCUGCGCCGGUUGCGCAAGGGCAACCUACCCGUGCGGGCGCUGCUCGCCGACGGCCCUGACCGGGAGCGCUUCGCGCGGCGGUGCAAGAGCGCCACCAUCGUGCUCUACGACGAGUACAGCCGCGAGUGGAACGAGAAUGUGGACGGUGGCUCCGUGCUCGGGCUCCUGCUGCGCCGCAUGAAGGACGAGGGCUACAAGGCCUUCUACUUGGAGGGUGGCUUCAGCAAGUUCCAGGCUGAGUUCCCCAACCUGUGUGAGACCAACCUGGAUGGCUCUUCCGACAGCAGCCCCCCCUCCACGCAGGUCCUGGGUCUAGGUGGCCUGCGCAUUAGCUCGGACUCGUCGGACAUCGAAUCGGAUGUGGACCCGAGCAGCGCCACCGACUCCGACGGCAGCCCGCUGUCCAACCCACAGCCAUCUUUCCCUGUGGAGAUCCUGCCCCACUUGUACCUGGGCUGUGCAAAGGACUCUACCAACCUUGACGUACUGGAGGAGUACGGCAUCAAGUACAUCCUCAACGUCACGCCCAACCUUCCAAACCUCUUUGAGAACGCCGGAGAGUUCAAGUACAAGCAGAUUCCCAUCUCGGACCACUGGAGCCAGAACCUGUCGCAGUUCUUCCCUGAGGCCAUCAACUUCAUCGACGAGGCUCGGGGCCAACACCGUGGCGUGUUGGUGCACUGCCUGGCUGGCAUCAGCCGUUCAGUAACUGUGACAGUGGCCUACCUUAUGCAGAAGCUGCAGCUGUCCAUGAAUGAUGCCUACGAUAUCGUCAAGACCAAAAAAUCCAACAUCUCGCCCAACUUUAACUUCAUGGGCCAGCUGCUGGACUUUGAGCGUACGCUGGGCCUCAUGAGCCCGUGCGACAACCGGCUCACCGCCAGCACAGCCACCGUCGUGACGCCGCCCGGGAGCCAGCCCCUCUAUUUCACUACGCCCACCAAUCACAAUGUCUUUCAGCUGGACCCUUUAGAGUCCACGUGA